AUGGACAAUGUGAGUUACUGCCCAAUUGACUAUGAGUUCACUUAUCUGGAUUCUCCCGAUUUCUAUACAUUUGCACUACAUGCGGUUGCUCUCAUAGCAAUUCCAAUAUACAUUUUAGUGGGUUAUAUGAUUAUUUACAAAACUCCCCAAUCCAUGAAAACUGUUAAGCGGAGUUUAUUGAUUUUUCAUUUUUGGACUUGUUUUGUGGAUAUUUUAUUCAGCAUUCUGGUAUGCCCAUUUGCUGUUGCACCACUUUAUGCUGGGUAUCCAUUGGGAGUGCUCAAAGAAUUUGGAAUAGGUGUAGCGAAUCAAGCUAUCCUUUCAAUGGCUUCAACCGAAUCUAUGAUGGUAUCCAUACUCGGUCUAUAUGAAAAUCGAUAUUUCAUAUUCAAACGCAACAAGAAACGCUGGGCUCUUUUGCGAUUCCCCUGGUACGCGUUCAAUUAUUUUUUGGCAGUGGCGGCGUACUUACCGGUUUAUUUUAUGGUUCCGGAUCAGACGAAUGCGAGAAUUUUUAUUUUAGAGCACCUUCCCUGCCUAACACCUGAAAUCCUGUCUGGUCCAAUGUUCAUUGUGGCCCUUGACGUGAAUUUAAUGUUACGGAGUGCCUCACUUGUUUCAACAUUUAUUUGCAUUGAAGGAUUAACGUUUUUCUUCUUAGUAAAACGAUCACUGAAUCAGUAUGGGACACAGUUAUCUAAAAAGACUGUGGAAAUGCAGAAUAGGUUUUCGAAAGCCAUCAUUCUGCAGCUAAUCGUUCCAUCACUAUAUCUUGCCGCGCCUUUUACAUAUCUCUGGUAUUCUGGUAGAUUUAAGUACUUCAACCAGAAAUUCACAAAUCUCUCAUUUAUUUUUAUAUCAACCCAUGGAUUAUUCGGAUCACUUUUCAUGCUGUAUAUCCAGGUUGCUUAUCGAGAAGUUGUAAUUAAAUUUUUCGUGAACACAUUGAAAUCGUUUGGUAUAAAUAUAGAAAGACAGUAUCCACAGAAGAAGUCGAGUAUUUUUCAAUCAAGAAUGUCUAUCAACGUUUAUUGA